AUGACCUCUCCACGCCCUCCGAGAACACGCUCAACAAGUGAGGUCUCCCCUCGGCUACCUGUCCCUCAGCAGCCUCGUCGCCCGCCUCUACAAAAUCGCUCCUAUUCCGCGCCGUCGUGGGACGCCUACCCCGGGAAUCGCGCCAAGGGCCAUGACCUAGAAGGACCCGUUAUUGAAGAGAACGAGAUGGCGCCAGCCAGUGUAGACAAAACAGAUUAUCAUGGCUCAUCGAAUGGCUCGAGUGAGUCUGUUGCUACAGCUAAACCCCGUCUUCCCCAAGUCAAUUUGGCCAUUGUAGGUGCACAAGGCGUGGGAAAGUCCACGUUUGUGCAGCGGGCAUUGGAUCUUAAACAACCGCCCAUAUCACGCUCUUCGGUGAAGAAAAUGUCACUAGAUGGAACCAUCUAUCUCGUGCGACUGCUGGAAAUCGCGAGCCACAAAAUAUCGUUUGACGAAACUGGUCGAAUCGUAUGGCCCAAAUUCAUCGGAGAACAGGAAUUGCCCGUCAUUGACGGUAUUCUCGUCCUUUUUGAUUCACACGAUCCCAGGAGUGUGGCCCAGUUUCCUCGAAUAUUUAGUGCAUUGCCCAAGGCCACAAUACCAUUUAUUGUCGUGGCCUGUAGAUGGGCCUGUAGAUGCGAGGGACAAAUCCCAUCUUCCCGGAUCGACUCAGCUACUUAUGACCAAGCACGUCGAGUGCUCGGCGGCAUCGAGGUUCAUCACACAUAUCCAGACGCCCCAGACUCGCAAAAGAAAUGCAUUUCCAACAUUCUCAGGGCUAUCAUAGCUCGAACGGCCGUCCUUAGUCCUCUCCUAUUUUGCGAUGUAGCUGCUUUACAACCUUCACCAAUUCCGCUGUCACACCCCACCUCGUCAAGUCGAACUUCCUCCCGACGCCCCAUUCCUCUGCAAACUCGCCAGCAUAUUCGUGCGAGUUCCGAAAACCCCAAAUCCACGUUAGCCAGUCCACCCUCCGCUGAUCCCAACAAUUUUCGGACCCAGAACCGUACAACCGAUUCAACCCUGGCGUCCAAUGCACAAGGAUCGAGAAAUGUUCGAAGCAAUUCGCAGCCCGUGCCUCCUAGAACUCCUCCUGGGAACCGGUUGAACCGAGGGGAAACUCUAGGCACAAGCACCGUCCCCGAGGAGAUAACAUCCCAUAAGGGUCCGUAUCAGCGAUUGCAGAAUUCCUGGAGACACAGUGGUGGUUCCGACGCUUUCAGCAGCUUCUUGGAUAUGGAGGAUGACGGUGACGAUCCAAAGGGCUCUGGUCCUCUUUCCAGCCCCGAUAUUGGCAAGGACAAACCGGCCGAUCCAGGCAUGACUUUCGAUGAGCUGGUGGAUCGCCUUUUAAGGCCUCCUAUGUCAAAACAAGACGCCAAAUUUGCCAGCAUAUUCCUAUGUCUGUAUCGAAAAUUCGCCACUCCGACAAGGCUCCUUUCGGCCUUACUCUCACGCUUCGAAAAUAUUGGGUCAGCACCGUCCCCGUUGUUGAUGCAGCAUGCAGACCAUCUACGAGUGCUGAAUAUCCUGUCACAAUGGGUGUCGGAGUAUCCCGGCGAUUUCGCCGGCUCAAAAAUCCGAAAGCGCUUGACGGAUUUUAUCGUCUCGCUAGAGAAGCACUUUGUUUUCGCCUUCGCGGCAAAGGAGAUGAACUCUUUUCUCGAAAAAUUCGUGGAGGAUGAUGAUUUAGGGUGGGCCUAUGAUGAUGAUGACAAUGGUUCUGAAAGUGUUGAAACGUUUCUAGACACGUCCGUCCAAAGUUCGCCAGCAACUUUUGUUGCGCGGUCCUCCGACGAGAACAUACACAAUAUGAGCGCAUUGGAUCUAAGUGACGAAAAUCAGGAACUCGGUUCGAAUUUUUCCAAUCUUUCAACUGCAUCAAGCGUUUAUAGAUCGGGCAGCAUAUCAAGUCAAUCGUUCUUAACCCUCUUAAGUGUUGAAUCUGCCCAACAAGAAGCACAGCGGCUAGAGUUGACUCCGAAAUAUGUUCUCUCAAAGGAUCAAUGGAAAGCCUUCAUGGAUAUAUCUGAAGAUGAAUUUGCGCGCGAGAUAACACGCAUCGACUGGGUCAUGUUUAGCUCAUUUAGGCCGCGGGAACUCGUCCGGCACGUGAGUGUAUCUGCAGACGACAGGGCUUCAUCGAAAGGUUUGUGUAACGUCAACAGGAUGAUUGACCAGUUCAACCAUCUAGCGUUGUUCGUCGCAAGCAUGGUCUUGUUGCGAGACAAACCCAAACACCGGGCUGAGGCAUUGGAAAAAUUCAUGAAUAUCGCGAUGAAAUUACGCCAAUUGAAUAAUUACAACUCUCUCGGGGCCGUUAUUGCAGGGCUUAACGGGACGCCUGUCUUCCGACUUUCGCAAACUAGGGAGCUAGUGUCGCCAAUGGUUCAGAAACAGUUCAUGAGCCUAGUGAUCCUGAUGGGCACACAAAAGAGCCAUUUCGCCUACCGCUUAGCUUGGGAUAACUCGUUUGCGGAAAAAAUCCCAUUCCUGCCUCUUCAUCGACGUGACCUUGUAUCAGCUGAAGAAGGCAACAAGACAUUUAUAGGCCCCAAUAAUGAUCGUAUAAACUGGCGCAAAUUUGAGAUCAUGGGCGAGGUUGUUUUGGGAAUUCACAAUAGCCAAAGGACCCCUUUUCCAUGUUACCCGAAAAAUGAAGACGUGCAACGCCUUAUUCUCGAUACCAAAUUUCCGGGAGAUCAGGAUGAACUUUAUAACCGGAGUAUGCAAGUUGAGCCAUCCUCAGGAGCUGAACCACCUCGCAAACGAUUCGGGUGGCGUCGAGCUUGA